AUGCCAUCUGCCGCCAAACAAUACACACUCUUCACAAAGAGUGAAAAAGUUGUUAAAAUUGCUGUCAAGCAAAAUCUCUGUUUGUUUUUAAUUGUCGGAGAUCAAGUUUUUGAUGUGAACAAGGAAUUUUCAAGUGAUCAGAAGCUUAACUUUACUUCACCAGCAACCAAUGAUUCUCCAUUCGUGUCCGUUUCUCUAUAUCGAUUGGAUGAAGAACAUUUUUCUGGUCGAAUUACUGUGGACACUGAGGACUUCCAAGUCAUUCCACCACUCACCUCCUCGUACAAGCUUUACAUCACCACUGAAGAGUAUGAUGCAAAUAAGCACGACGCCGUUGACGUGGCUGCAAGUACUUUAUGGAAAACUUUGAAAAUUGUCUCUCAUGUCGAUUCCCAUAAUCAGAUUGGACUUGCAUAUACACUCAAUGAAGAAGUUGUCGAGUUGGCCAUCACAAGAGAUUCUCUCGUGUAUCGUCUUGUCAAUGAAGAUGUCUCACAAAAGCAGAAUCCAGAUGUCAUUACCAACUUUAAUUUGCAUUUCAAUGAAACUGCUGAUCACUUGUAUGGAUAUUUCAAGAGAAAUUCAAGUGAUAAACUCUUUGUCAUGAAAGGAAUCUUGGAUGGAAAGUUUGAAAAGCCAAAGCAAUACAACAGCGGAGAUGCGAAACUCUCUGUAGAAGACUUGUUGAGCUUAUCUCCUCUCUUUAAGGAUCAAGAUAAAUAUGUUGAUAAGGCUCAAAUAUAUGCCAGUGAUGGAUUUAUGACCUUAAUGUUGUACUGCAUGAAAGAAGAUUGGAGAAAAUUCUUUUUUGGAAAGAACGACAAACCCUAUCUCGACAAUGAACUUCGAAAUAUUUUGAAUACCAAUAUUCAGGGAGAAGAAACUGCAGAGCAGUUUUAUGCCAAGUAUGCAGUUCCAUACAUUGCACAUGUUGUCUAUAAUUCAAAGAAUAGAGACUCUGCAACCGACAGUGUUGAUAUUAAGAGAGUGCAAGCCUUCCUUGAUAAAGGAUGUGGUUAUGAUCCUAACUAUGUCCACCAGACCAAUCUCCUCUACAGAUACGGUUACAUGAAAGCUGUGUCUAAAAUGCAGGCCUAUCUCGAUGAUCAAAAAGCAAGAGGAUCAGCAUUCUGGGCACAACAAAUGUUAACAACAUUGAAACAACCUCAUGUCAUUAUUGAGCUCAUUGGCAUGUUGGAAAAUGUGACAUCUUUUCAAGAUGAAAUUCAACAAAAGCUCAACUCAUGGAUUUUUAAAAUGAACAUUCUGGAUCCUUCAACAGCAUGUUCCAAAGAGCUGACCAUGUACAUGGUUUCUGGAAUGCUUGAUCGAAUCAUCUCUCAUCAUUUUAUUAAUUCGUUGGAUGAUGACAUGAAUCUGACCACCAUUCCUGGAAAUGAAUUUAUCGAAAGAUUUUUACAAGCUCUCGACAACUCUGCUGAUCACUUGGUAGAUGAACAAUUGGUACAACAAGCAUUGAGAGAACUCACUCAGCAAGCUCGACAAAAGUACGAAUUAUCUAUUGCCUUGUAUCAAUUCUCAUGUGUCAUUGGAGCAGCCCAAAAAUUCAUCAAAGAUGACGCUUUGCUGGCAGAAAAAUUGGCACAGCUCUCGAAAAAGUCUUCCUUUCAUGAAUUUAUUUUCAGUCGAAUUCCUGCCUCUCGCAUGAAAAUGUUUUGCUCCAUGUUGAGUUUCGCUGCUGGUAUUGUGUCAAGUGUUUUACUUGGAAUGUUUGGAGACUUUAACAGUUUGUCUUUGGAGCAAAAAAUCAUUACUGUCACAACUUUGGUCACCUUCAUGCUUAAAGAUGCCUUGAAGCCUCUCGUACAAGGAGUUGAUAAGAUCUUUAGAUAUUCCUUGGGUUUCUGGGAACGUUUCGCAAACAGAAUGGUGUUGUUAAACACUAAACCAUUUGUUCAAGCAUUGGGAACUUUUUUAAGUAAGGCUGUAAAGACUUUGACGACAUUAUGGACAAAGAUCUCAGCCUUCUUAUUCAAGGCACUUAAAAUGUUAUCCAGAGUUUGUCAAUUCAUUUUACAAGUAUUAGCAAUUGCAAUGUCAGUGUUUGAUUUAUUAGAUUCAAUCAAAGCAGGUGAUACUUGGGGAAUCGCUUUGAAUGCAAUAAUGAUUGGUGCUGCUGUUGGUGAACUCAUUGCCAUGUUUAUUGGACUAUUUGUGUCAUCAAUGGCACUUUCAGUCAUUGGAGCAAUAUUUAUUGUCAUUGGAGUCAUUGCUUUAUUGAUUGAUAUAUUCAGACCAAGGGAAACAGAAGUUCACAAGUUUGUAUUUUCUGAUGAAAUGUCUUUAUGGAGAUUGCAAGAUCGAAGCGAGAUGGAGAUGUGGAUGUCUUUUGAGGAAGAUUCACAUUUAAUAUCGAAGAAAGGUGGUUAUCAAUUAAAUUUAGUCAGGAAUGGUCUCAGAGUGGUCAACCAUCAUCACACCUCUCAGAUUAUUUGGAAUAUUGAGCUUAAUGGAACUAAAGCAGACAAACAGGUUGUACUUAAUAUUUCAGACAAGAAGGUUUCAAUUUUUGAUACAGAUUCCACUGAAUAUCGUAUACUGUAUUUUACCAACGAAUUCACAUCUCAACAAAUGCCUCUGUUCUUGUGUUUGAACGAAGAUGGCUCACUCUCAGUGAGAACAAAGGACUCCUCUCAAAAUUAUGCAUUAACAUAUGAAACAUUGAAGGUCGUUGCCAAUAACUAA